AUGAUCAAUGUACCUUUUUUCCCGCCCGAGGACGCAAAGCUACGUGCCACCAGUCUCAAUAUCCGACGUGGGGGUAACUGUCCAAAUUCGCUUCAAGUACUGGAGCAGCUACUCGCAGAAUAUGAUGAUCUCCAGCUGCAUCUAGUGUCACCUCUGCCCGACGUCUCAUCGUCUGCAACAAAGCGUGUUGUAUCGUCCUUUGGUCCGCAGUCAAAGAUUGACUUUAGCCAUUGUCUAUACCGUCAUGAGAGCACCGAGGCGGCAAGCAGUUACAUCAUUCGCAGUGAAGCCUCAGGCAGCCGCACGCUCGUCAAUUACAACGACCUUCCAGAGAUGACCGAAGACGAGUUUGGCAACAUCGCGCAAAGUUUCGGAGCUGACCAGGAGACAUGGUGGCACUUUGAGGGCCGAAUCCCAGAAACCGUGCAAAACUGCAUCCGUCUGCUGCGUAACCUACUACCGAAAGCGACUAUCAGCGUCGAAGUCGAGAAGCCUGGCAGAGAAGGUCUAUCAGAAUUGGCGGCAGAGGCGGACGUUGUCUUCUAUUCGCGAAGCUGGGCUGAGAGUCGUGGACACAGGACCCCGGAAGAAUGCCUGAAAGCCGAAGGACACCAUAAGGCGUCACUGGCAGUUUGUACGUGGGGUGAAGAUGGAGCUGCUGGACUGCCUCGGUCGACAGGCGAGACUCUGCGCUGCCCCUGCCCUGUCCAGAGCGAAUCCGGAGGAGAUAUUUCCGUGGCUGAUGCCGUAGGAGCAGGGGACACAUUCAUAGCCGGCAUGCUGUACGGGUUGAUAUGCCACCCUGGCGACUGGAGCACGGGGAAGAAGCUGAGUUUCGCCGUCCAACUGGCCACACUCAAAGUCCAACGGGAGGGGUUCGACGGGCUCGGCGUUGAUAUGUUGGGGAUACUGACUGAGAGCGGUUGA